CAGCGCCGCUCCAACCCCGCCCGUGGACCGCAGCGCCAGCUCCCGCGUCCAUGCAGCCCCGCCAGCAAGCGCUGCCCGCGCCCGGGGGCCCGCGCCCCGCCGCCCCGCUGCCCGCGCUGCUGCUGCUGCUGCUGCUGGCCCUCCGGGGCGCGGCGGCGGCCCCCGCGGGCUCCGAGGCUCCCGGCGAGGCCUCGGGGUGGCAGCUGGACCCCGAGCUCCCGCACGGGCUGCUGCAGAAGGCGGCGCGCGCGGCGCUGCACUUCUUCCACUUCCGCGCGGGCUCGCCCUCCGCGCUGCGGGCGCUGGCCUCCGUGCAGCGGGGCCGCGCGCGGAUUAAUUCAAAGAAGGAAUGCCAAGUUGACCUGGAGUUCACCACAGAGCGCUACAACCCAAAGGAAGGCGAGGAACAUUUGGGGAAAUGUUCCGCUCAAGUGCUUUUCAAGAAUGAGAAACCCGGGCCCACCAUCAAUGUCACCUGCACGCGGUUCAUGGAGAAGAGCCAAAGACAGCAGGAGGAUUACCAGCUCUACAAGCAUAUGCAGCAGCUCAAAACCCCCUUGGAGGUCAGCAGCAUACCUGACAGUCAUGGACAUAUUGAUCCCUCUCUUAUACCCAUCUGGGACUUAGCUUUUCUUGGCAGCUCGUACGUGAUGUGGGAAAAGACAACGCAGUUCUUACACUACUACAUGGCACAGCUCAGCAGUGUGCAGCAGUGGAAAACAGACGAGGAUGCAAUUGAUUUUGACUAUACGGUCCUACUUCAUGAAUUCUCAACACAGGAAAUCAUUCCCUGUCGUAUUCACUUGGUCUGGCACCCGAGCAAACCCCUGAAAGUGAAGUACCACUGUCAGGAGCCGCAGCCACCAGAGGAAGCCUCUGGAACUGAAGAAGGAUCAGCAGUGGCACCGACGGGAUUCAGCAAUUACUGAAAAGAAAGAAAAAGACCUGCUUAUCCCAAAUUCUAAACACAAUGACUGUACAAAGUAGCCUGAGUCAUUAUUCUGGUAAAAUAGCCAAUGUCUAAGGCAUCCUAAUAAUUCAGAAAGCCUGAGAUGCACACCAAUGAAAAGAUGCUGGUGUUUUUAAAAUAUAUUUCAAUGAAAGCCAACUGUAGGGAAAAUAUUAUCUGUUUAAAAGGAAUUGUGCUAUUUUUAUGAUCUUAAGCAAGUAUUCUUUUAUAACUUGAUAGCUACUUUUAAAUAAAUGCUUACAUUUCUAAAUAAACUGUGUUAAGUCUAUUUGUGGAGAUUUGUAGGCAAAUUCUGUGCUAAGAUGGAUUUAAAUGAACUCUUAAUAUUGUUAAAUUCAUAUUUUACAAAUAAAAUUAGAGCAUCUCACAG